GUGGUAAAAGGGGAAAUGAAAUGAUGAUGUGGAAAAUGUGAAAACCGUAUGCAGGAUAUAAGUAGAGUGAAAGGUUAGAUUGUGGUAGAAAUCGAAGGGUGAAGAUGGGUUGAAUUGAAACAAAACAAGGGUAGUUAGUUUUAUAAUGUUUCCUUAAAAAAAGGGAGAGUUGGGAGUUCGUUGGACGUAGAAUUCGCUGUUGGAGAUCUUCCUUUUCUAGUUUCGUCAUCUGGGUUGUUGUGUUGCUGGUUGUGGUGGUGGUGGUGGUGGUGGUGGCUUAGGUGGCGGUGGUGGUGUCAGCAUCUCAACUUUAUUAUAUUAAGUUUUGUUCUGCAAGAAAAGAAAAGAGAAAGAAACGGAAUUUCAGAAAUGGCGUACAGGAGAAGACAGGGAAUAACAAAAACAUCAACAUUCAAAGAAGAGAUUUAUCAUCCACCAGAUAACAACAGCAAAAACAUCAAUAAUAGUAAUGAAAAUAAUAAGGCUUCAGUUCCAACCUUUAAAACUUCUCAUUCGUUUUCACCAUCAACACAAUCCUUAGCGGCUCAGGCGAUCCGUGCAUCAGCCGCUCAUCGUGAUUCAUCUCUUUCUUCUGCAUAUGCUGCAGACCCUCCUUUGCCAUCUGAGACUCAACGAUCCAAGAGUUUUACUGCCUACGAGGGUGUAUCAGCAAGAAAUGACUCCAAAGGGUUUUGGGGUGUUCUAGCUCGGAAAGCCAAAGCAAUUCUUGAGGAUGAAGAGUUAUCGCCACAAGCUGAACCACCUGCAAGGUCUAGGUGGCAGAUGUCCGAAACCUCAGCAGGUGGCCAGGUGUCUGAGCAACCAUUCCAAUCAUCAGAGGGCACUAAAAAUUUGGACAAUCCUAGACUGCGGAGGGGCUUGGAUAGAAUUACAUCUUCCCUUAAUCAAAUUGGUGACACCUUUGAAAAGGCUUUUGAGGAAGGUCGGACAAUUGUGGAAAAUAAAACUGCAGAUAUUAUCCAAGAAACCCGUAAGCUUCAUACUAGGCGAAAAGGAAGCACUCCUGAGGAUCAAAAUCAAAUUUCUGGUGCAAAUAGCACGUGGCAACCUGUAAUGCCAACAACACAAUCACAGAAUCAAACUUACCAUGAAACACAACUCAAGGCAUCUCGCGACGUUGCAAUGGCGACAGCUGCCAAAGCAAAACUUCUUCUUCGGGAGCUAAAAACUGUUAAAGCAGAUCUGGCUUUUGCAAAGCAAAGAUGUACUCAACUGGAAGACGAGAAUAAACUCUUUCGUGAGAGUCGUGAGAAGGGGCAAAACCCUGCAGAUGAUGAUUUGAUUCGCCUUCAACUAGAGACCCUUUUGGCUGAGAAGGCUCGUUUGGCCAAUGAGAACUCGAUAUAUGCACGUGAGAACCGGUUUCUUCGUGAGAUUGUUGAAUACCACCAACUCACUAUGCAGGAUGUUGUGUAUUUGGAUGAGGGCACUGAAGAAGUGACAGAAGUUUACCCCAUCUCUAUUGCCCCAUUGUCCAAGAUGUUCUCUGAUUCCCCACCCUCGCCUACAUCCCCAUCAUCACCAUCAAAGGCUCCCCCUUCUACAAGCCUGCCGAACCCUUCAAGUACCAAGGUACCUGAAGAAGUAACGAAGGAAAUCUUUCUGGUCCAAUCAGAAGGAAUAGAUGAAACUUUGCAAAAUGAUGUCCCAACAAACCUACCAAGUACCACCAAGGUACCUGAAGAAGAUGAUGCAAAAAAACCCUCCGAAUCUUCCGUUUGAUUCUAGUUUUACUAUCAACUUUUAUUGAAAUAGAAGUUUGUAACAUUUGUUCCAUUUUUUUUUUGUUUCUUUUUUACCUUCGUUUUCUUCAUGUUUUUAUCUGUGAGGAAGGGGAGAAGCAAGGGAGGUGAUCCCUCUUUUUUAUUUCUUAUUUUUUUGCAUGCAGUUCUUAUUUUGCGCAUGUAAGUUGCGUAUGCAAUUUUUUGGGUUUGUUAUUAAAUAAAAAGUUGGAAUUGCUCAUUCUUUUGUUUA